UUAAUUUAUAUUUUCUCUGCUUUCUCUCUCAUUAUCUUUUUCUUUUUAUUUUUUUUUCUUAUACACCUUAUUGAAUUAAACGUCAGAAUGCAUCUCAAAACACUAUCUCUAACACUCUCUGAUCUUCUUUUUUAGACUUGUCACGCUCUCCAACUCAAUCUCCUCCAAAGUCUUCUAUCUUCAAGAAUUAUAUCAACAAUUUUAUUCUAAAUGGUUUCAAGGAAGGUGCAUAUGUGGGGGAUAGGGGAUCCAGUAGAUAAAUACAAUCCUUUUGACAGAAGUUAUUGCCUAAAUUGUCCAGUGUUGGCUUUCUAUGAAGAUUGGAAUUUCCCUUUUGCACCCAAACUUCAUAGCGUUUUCCAGCGCAACACAACUCUCGACGAUCAGAGUAGAAAGGGUGAGCCAAUGGUGCAGAUGCUGGCAAAAAGGUCGCGGGUCCUGUCUAGGUCCCAUGGUAACAAUGGAUCUUUGCAACUCAAACAAACAGUGUUUAUAGCAACGGGAUUUAUUAUUGCAAAUUAUGUUCAUGAGAUUGGAGAUAUGCAAGAGAAGAUGCUGCAACAAGGCGUUACUUGCAGGUGA